AUGGCGUCGGCGGAAGCUUCCAGGAUCUCGGAGGCCCGCCGGGACGCUGUGUUCGGGCGGUGGGUCGUCUUCUCGCCGGCGCGCUCGUGCCGCCCCACCGACCUCAAGUCCCACAGCCCCGCCGGCCCGCUGGCGCCGCCCAAGCCGUCCUGCCCCUUCUGCGCCGGCCGCGAGUCCGAGUGCGCGCCCCAGAUCUUCCGCGUGCCGCCCGACGGCUCGCUGCCGUGGCGGAUCCGCGUCAUCCAGAACCUCUACCCCGCGCUGCGCCGUGACGUGGAGCCGCCGCCGCCUGUGCUGCCGGAGGGGGAGGCUCCCCCGGACGAGCCCGGGGAGCGCGCCGUCCCCGGGUUCGGCUUCCACGACGUGGUCAUCGAGACGCCGCGCCACGACGUGCGCCUCUGGGACCUGGACGCCGAGGGCGUCGGCGACGUCCUGCUCGCCUACGCGGAGCGCGUGCGGCAGCUCGGGGAACACCCCGUGGUGAAGUAUGUUCAGGUAGAGCCGUAG